UUAGGUAUAUUAUUAUUCCAAUUUAAGGCCCUAAGGGGUGUGGACCUUGUCUUUAUCUUAUGAUAGUUAAAAUUGAGAGUAAAACCAGGUUGCUAAAGUUGCAAUGACGAUGAGUACUAACUUCGUCAGAGAAUGUCGUUCGAUUUGGGCCUGCCUGCCCGCUCGUGCCAAUGCUACCGUGUAUCUCGACAUGUAACAGUGUAACACUUCUGAUUACUUAUCGUCGCUCCGGCUGAACGUUUGGCAUUGCCAGCAAUAUCCUUUCGCUAUAAUAUUCGCACCCACAACGCAACCUGGCAACACCUGGCUUUUUGGAAGGAUGGUGUCUUCACUCGGACACAUCGAACCACAUACACAGAUACACAAAGUAUAUUUGUUCGCACAAUUGACGGAGUCGACCAUAACAAGCGUCCGGACAUCAGGGUCAGUUGUGGUAGGACAUGGAGCAUUUGCACUAACAGAACACACGAAAGCUCGUCCGAAUACAGAUAGAUGAACUAGCUGCUCUUUCACGCGAGGAUAGUCACAUCCUUUGUCCUAGGAACAGACGUCGCUAGCCGAGAGCGCUCCAGGGUGUAAAGCCCUUCUAUGUUGUCCUUCUUCCUCCGUAUGCGUAGAAUUUCAUCAGCAUUAGGCCGUUGUUUGCUAUCGGGAACUCUCGUUCCAGAGCAAGCUGAUGAGAGGGCAAAGCUUACACUGUAGCAGCAGCAGCGGAUAACAAAGCGGCUAACAACGCGAUCCACGGAAGUGUGGUUGUUUAAGGACACUUGGUGGCCUGUCAACAGGCGUCGGGCUAAACGCAACUAUUCCACACAUAUCUCGUGUAAUAGAUUUUGCCGUUUAUUGGCUUGGUUUGCUAAUAGUAAAGUAGUCGUCACAGUAACAAAAAGUAUGAUGUAGCAGUAACAGCACUGAUAAUUAGACUCAUAGAAUCUAGUAACCGGCAGGACAACCAGCCAUUAUUGUGCUUGAGUGAUACUGUCUGUAUACGUGGGUGUGCCGCAUACGGUUGGAUUAGUCAAUUUUCAACAAAUUCUCGAACGUGCAGAGGUCAUCUAUCGGAUCGCGGUGGGGUGAUCGAUAAGGGACACCGAGGUUAAUGGCUGGGAUGAGAAUAAUGGAGGCGCUCAUGUGGUGCGCCAGCUGCAAGCCAUUGAUUCAGUGCUUUCGAGGAGAUGCGUUACCCGAAGAUAGGACCCAAGCUGCGUACACGUCGCAAUUUCAGAUACCUCCACGAAGGGGAUCGAACUAUCAGGGUUUUAAUGAACUUUCGGAAGAGGGUUUAUUUAAACUCCGUUCCACAUCAGCAGCUUCAUCAACGCAAAUCCAGCCCGAACUUUACGCCGACUCUCUUGAGGAGAACGACGGAUUUACACUCGACGGGCCACCUUUCCUUGGGGAUCGAGUCAAACGGGAAGAAGUUGGGGCUUCUCAUGGAACGCUUGUCCUAACAACGAAAGCCCACGAUGACAAACAGAUAUGCCUGCGAUUUUGCGAUAUUCGAGGGCUACCCGACAAAGGUCUGACCCGAUCACGAAGCUAUUGGAUAACGGCUCGAGUGACCGUUGGAAAGUGCAGCAAGAAAUGCCGCGCCGUUCGAGUUAAUGAACAAGAUGCCACUACAAGUCUGAACGAAGAACUCCAUUUUUUAGGGUCAGCAGGUGAUUCAUUACACAUAGCUGUUUUUGAAGACAGUGGUAAGGAACGCCCGUUAGACCAAACACACGUUUUGGGUUACUGUCAAGUGGCCUUUAAACGCGUUACGGAGGGAAGAAAUACGAACGAGGGCGAAACCCUUCACACCUGUUUUUUGACACAAGCUCCUGUAACCACUCCAACGGGUCAACUGCUUUUGUCUAUGAGUUACGAGAAUGCCAACUUACUAACAGUUGCGAUCGUUAGAACGAAGGGUCUACCAGAGUCGAUAAUAAAAAUCACGUUACGUUGCAACGGACAAAAGAUAAAGAAGGGCCGCGUCAUGGGCUGUGGGCCGAUCUACAAUCAAUCGUUUAAGUUCCUUUUGCCUGAACAGUUUAUAAGUUCGAGCUCAGUAGUUAUUUCGCUGUUACCUGGGAACCGUAAACUACGCAGAACUGGAAACCGUAAUGCAUGCUGUAUCUCAGGGCCCUGGAUGAUGUUUUCAAAUGGACGUCUCACGCACUGGGGAGAAAUGUUAGUGCUGAAGAAGCCGGUUUUGCAGUGGAGAUUACUGUAUCCUAUUUAAGUUCAACUUUAAAUGUCGGAUAAAAACUGCCGACUUACUGAUCUUUCCAGGUGUUUUUCAAUAAAAGCGUCCUGACCAAGCUCUUGUUGUAGUUAUUUCUCGUCUACUAGUUAUAUGUAAAAUAAUAAUUUUCACUUUCGUUUCAUGUAAAUGAUAUAACACGACGGUACGUAGUGUUAUAUUGAUAUCAUUUUAAUAAAAUUUAAAAUAACGUAAAUCAGUGUUCUUCUUUCCACUGCCGUACCAUCUUUUACGUACGGACUUUCAUAUUUAUGUCUAUAAUGAUUUCAUCUGCGACGGGUGAAACCUAAAAAAUCAAUUUUGAAUCUAGGACAUAGUAUUAAACCUGGACCAGUUAUCUCGGAA